AUGCGGCCAGGCGCAGUGGAUCAGGAGCUGGAUGAGGAGAAAAUUGAGGAGGACGAAGGCGAAGAGGAGGAGGAUGACGAGGAAGGGGAGGAACGGGAGGGGGAGGGUGACAGCGAGCAGUACAGCAGGACAGGAAGCAAGGGGCCGGAGGGGGAGGAGAUUUGCAGAGUGCUGGGCGGAGGGGUUGUGCUGGCUUAUUAUCUCUUCUUCGAGCCGUUUUCCCAUUUCCCCUCCACUCCCUCACUGCCUAUAACCGGCAGGUUCCGUGGUUCCCUGGUGCUUGUGUCCGGCAGCCCAGGUGCCGGGAAGAGCACCCUUCUGCUUCAGUUGGCAGGGCUGCUGGCAGAGGAGGCAAGGGGCUCACUGACAGGAGCCUCCCCGCCUGCUGUGCUUUAUGUGUCGGGGGAAGAGGUGGGUUGGGGAAGUGAGUUUGGGGGAGGUGACGCGCCGUUUUGCCUGCUGUCGCAAACAGGAGGCUCGCCGGCGGCUCGCGAGGAGCAGCUUGCCACGCGGGCAAAGCGCCUGCGCAUCACAUCAGACAACCUCUUUCUGCUCUCCGAGAACAACCUCGAGGGCCCUGCACGCACGGAUGUGACAUUGAACGCGUCCCCUUUCGCCGUGUUUGAUUCACAUAUCCGCGUGGAUCUGGCGGCCAAGGUGCCCUCUGUCUGUCCCGAGCCGGCCCGAGACCAUGCAGUGUCGCCACCCCACUACCACCUCGUUCCUGCCGCCCCUUGCCCCGGGCAGAGAAUUCUUGAGGGUAUCAGUGAGAUAGAGCCGUGCGCUGUGAUAGUGGACUGGACUGGACUCGAUUCAGACCAUGCCCAUCCUGGAGGGCAUGGCGGAGAUAGAGCCGCUCGCUGUGGUAAGCAUACUGGAGGGGAUCACAGAGAUAGAGCCGCGCGCUGUGAUUGUGGACUCCAUUCAGACCAUGCACCUGCCAGGUGUCACCGGCUCAUUGGGCAGCGUCAGCCAGGUGCGGGAGUGCACGCUGCUGCUACUGGAGGCCAAGAGCCGAGGCAUCUGCAUCCUGCAUGCGUUGUGAGCCCUGACCCCUUCUCAAAUCGCUACAUCUCUUGUUGCCACAUACCCGCUUCUUCUCUUCUCUCCUCCCAUCAGGUGCGAGAGUGCACGCUGCUGCUGCUUUUGGAGGCCAAGAACCGAGGAAUCCCCAUCUUCAUUGUAAGCUAUGCGGCCCUUCCGACAAUUCCUUCUGCCGCCCCCUUCUGCCGCCCGCUUUUGCCGCCCCCCUCUGCUGCUCUGCCUCCCGCUUCUCAUGGAGGUGUAGCAGGCGAGUUUCGCCGUGGGCCAAACUAG